CUCAGAUCUUCCUUUCUUUCCCUUUGGGAGGCAAGGGUCGAGGGACCUUCAUUGCCUCCUAGUCUUACGCAGGCAUUCGCGGGUUAACAGGCUCCACCAACGGCCUCGGGUUGCCUGGAGGUGAAAUUCUUCAGUGAAAUCGAGCUUCUGUGGCUGCUCCUCCACUCGGGACCCUGGCCGAGCCCAGGAGUAAGGGCUGGAAGCAGCUUAGCCUUCUGGGGAGGCCGAGGUAGCUGCUCCCCAUUCUCUCCAAAGCUGUGUAUUCGUUCCCCCCAGGACUCUGCUGAAGGGGGCCAGUAGCCUGGCCAGCCCCAGUCCAUGGCCCUUUGUUGGCCCUGCCCAACAAGCCCUUCUCCCCAAAGACAUUUCAGAAAGCUCACUCUUGGCUGACCAGUGCCCUGGAUCCCAGACCUGAAUCAGCGAAAACUCCCCCUGUAUGAUGGGUGAGACAUUCUCCCACUUGGGCUCUCGGGAGGAGAACAAGUCCAUCCUGCCCCGAAGCCCAGCCACUGGCAGCAAGGCUGCCUGCUACUCCAGCACCCGAAGCAGCAAGUCUUUUUGUUUUCCCGUGCCUUGUGAAGGGGCUGCCAGUGCCAGCUUUGUGACUUGUCCUACCUGCCAGGGCAGCGGGGAGAUCCCUCAAGAGCUAGAGAAGCAACUAGUGGCUCUCAUCCCCUAUGGGGACCAGAGGCUGAAGCCCAGGCACACGAAGCUCUUCGUGUUCCUGGCAGUGCUCAUCUGCCUUGUGACCUCCUCCCUCAUCGUCUUUUUCCUGUUCCCCCGGUCCAUCGCCGUGCAGCCUGCAGGCCUCAACUCCUCCACAGUGGCCUUUGACGAUACUGAUAUCCACCUCAACAUAACGAAUAUCUUAAACAUCUCCAAUAGCAACUACUACCCCAUCACUGUGACUCAGCUGACCAUCGAGGUUCUACACCUGUCCCUUGUGGUAGGGCAGGUCUCCAACAGCCUCCUCCUCCACAUCAGCCCUUUGGCCAGUGAACAGAUAUUUUAUGCAGUGACCAACAAGAUCAAGGAUGAAAACACAUACAAAAUCUGUUCCUGGAUGAAAAUCAAAGUCCACCAUGUGCUUUUGCACAUCCAGGGCACCCUGACCUGUUCCUACCUGAGCCAUUCAGAGCAGCUAGUCUUCCAGAGUUAUGAAUAUGUGGACUGCCGGGGGAACUCAUCGGUGCCCCACUUGCUGCUGGCCCCUCACCCACCAUGACCUGUCUACUGUUCCCAAACUCCAGGCCCCUGCCAGCCUGGGCUGUAUAUCCCAGUGCCCAAGGAAGAAUUACACAAAUUACAGUGAUUUUGCCAAAGGAAAAGCCCUGCUUUGUUAUACCUCCCCCAACCACACACACCCUCAGCACAGGGAGUCCUACGUGGAAGUUAACUUGACACACACAUGCAUGCACGCAUGCUAUUCACAUCCUCUGAUUUCCACAGGAAAAGAAGUCUGGUUCUUCUAGCAGCCAGCACCAGGCUUUUGCCUUGGUCUGUCUUAAGGAAAGUCUGACCUGAUAUGUAUCCAGAGCUGCCUUAGAUUUCCCAGAGUGGUCCCUGCCCUCUGUGUACUGAGCACCUUGGUUGCCUAGUGCCUCCGGGGCUGGCCUUCCUGCCCUUCUUGCCUGAAGGGGAGAAAUCUUUAAUUUUAUCUCACUUUUAAAACAUGGAUCUUUUUCAAGUUCUCCACCCAGGGAUGGGUGCUGCCUCGUGCCUUCCUGCUUUUGUCCUGUGACAAAGUGAUGGUGAUGAUCUGCUUUUGUCCUGGUAACUUGUGCCCUGACAGCAAGAUUGGCAAAGCCCUUUGGCUCUGCAUCUUCCCUGGUCAAAGACUGUUCCAGUUCCUAGGAAGACAGAGCUGUUCUCUGGCUAAAGCUUCUCUCCAACAAAGUUAUUUUAUUCUGGUCACAGCAGAAGCAGAAGUAGUAAGGGAGGAGAGGAGACACCUCUCCUAUACAGGGAGGCACCCUCCACCUAUACAGGAAAAACUGAGAUGAAGCCAGAGUCAUUUGGAAAGAAGUUUAUUGAAGUUAGGUUUCUGGCUGGUGGUGAGCCCUCAACCCUGAGCCCAUGUGAGUGGACACUGGUAGGUCAAACGGUGGUGCCAGCUGCUCCUCCAUGAUAGCCUGCAGAGGGGGAACUGUCAGGACUUGGCCAAGCUGCUGGGCUCUACAGCAUCCCUGGCUUAGUUCCAGGGCCCAUCUUCUGCUCCCAGAGGCGUCUGCUUUCCUUCGGGUGUUGACAGGAUGAAACUGCACAUGAGUAGGGACUGGUCUCAACCUCUCCUCUCUGCUGUCACUCAGAUGAAGCAAAGUCCCAGAUGAUGGAGGGUCCCACUGGGCUCCAGAUGGAGGCGGUUGGUUGUAUUGCUGAGCAGGAACUGAAGGUGGCUGUGGUUUUCCUUGGGCUGGGAGAUGAACUUAAGUGGUGGGGAAAGCUGAGUGCCAUUUUGGAUGGAUGGAGAGGAGGCAGUGGUGACAGCACCCGGCUAGCUGGCUGAGCAGACAGGAAGGAGGAGGAAGGAGGCUGUCCUGUCCUGUGUCCCCGCUUUCAUGCCGGAGUGAGUAGAGCCAAGAAGGUGCUGGCAGGAGCACCAAGUCCAAAAAGGCCAGGCUGGAGUUUCUGCUGUGUGUAGGUUGCCAAAUGUAAAGGAUAUCUAUUGUAUUCAAUAAACUAUACUUAAAAAAAUAAUAAAAAUAAAAAAAUAAACUAUACUUAACAAUGUUAAAA